UGUCUUUAUCGUCUACAUUUUUAAUUAAAAACGCAUUAAUUAUUUAUAUUUUAAGUAGUUUAUAUUGAUAAUAAUAGUUUUUUCAAUUUCUGUUAGAAAUUUUGUGUGACUUUCUGACUUUCAUAAAGUUGGGAGGAUUGGGUGAAAAUUUCCGUAACUUUUUUUAGAGGUUAUGUCAGUUAUUUGAGAAGUUUAUUUUCUUUAUUCUUUUAUAGACAUUUAAUACGCACUUUUCACUCAUUUUAUUUAGUCUUUAAUUAACAUUUAAGCAUCUUAUAUAUGUUAAUAUUUAAAUAUUUGGAUAAAGUGGAAGGAUAUAUUUUAAAAUUGAUUAAUUUAGUUCAAUCCCAUUUCAAUCCCCACCAGUUUUUCUCCCACGUGCCCUCUUAUCCAGAAAGGAGCCGGUUCAAAGUCCAGAUGCACAAUCUCCUUCAUUUUAUAAAAUAUAUCAUUUAAAGUUCAAUGUUCAGUGAAUAAUAGUAAUCAACUUUAAUUAAAGAAACUUUUCAUUCUACCAUCAGUUAUUAAAAUAUUUCGAAGAAAGUCGGUCUCUUUUGACUCCUCAGGAUGUUGAAGAAUCUUGUUCUCCUUGUGACUGGAGGAGCUUCGGGAUUGGGUCGUGGUACAGUGGAAAGAUUCUUAAAGCAAGGAUCGAGAGUUGUUAUUGCCGAUUUGCCAACUUCUCAAGGUGCUGCAGUUGCUUCAAGUUUGGGAGACAAUGCAAUUUUUGCACCUGUCAAUGUAACGUCCGAAGAUGACGUCAAAAAAGCUUUGGAAAUGACAAAAGAUAAAUUCGGCAAACUCGACGCUGUCGUUAACGCAGCCGGCAUUGCUGUGGCCUUUAAAGUCUACAAUAAGAAUAAAAAAACCUAUCAUGCCUUGGAGGAUUUCCAAAAGGUUGUGAAUGUAAAUCUCGUUGGAACAUUUAAUGUGAUAAGACUAUCGGCAGGAUUGAUGGCUGAAAAUACGCCAAACGAGGAUGGACAACGUGGUGUCAUUGUGAACACGGCAAGUGUCGCUGCUUUCGAUGGACAAAUGGGACAGUCUGCCUAUUCGGCAAGUAAAAGCGGAGUCGUCGGCAUGACACUGCCUCUGGCUCGUGAUUUAGCCUCAACUGGAAUUCGAGUCUGCACCAUUGCUCCUGGCCUAUUUGACACGCCAAUGCUUCAAUCGUUACCAGACAAAGUUAGGCAAUUCCUCGCACAAACCGUACCAUUUCCACAGAGAUUGGGUAAACCUGACGAAUACGCUCAUAUCUGUCAGACGAUCAUUGAAAAUCCACUUCUCAAUGCUGAAGUCAUUCGACUCGACGGUGCUCUAAGAAUGCAACCCUAAGGAUUUUUUUUGCAUUUUUUUUUACCAAGGUAAUCAUUUUUUAAAUCUGAAAUAAUAUUUUGAAAUAAAAGACAAUAUUCAUUUCCAUGCAA